AUGGCACCACACGGAAAAUGUGGAGAUUCUAGCCAUUCUCACGAAUCCGAUGAAAUAGGAAUUCAUUACAGUUUAUAUGCAAAGAUCGACAAAGAGAAUUUAGAAUGUUUGAAUGAAGCUAAUGAAGGUAGUGGAAAAAGUGUCUUUAAGCCAUGGGAAGAGCGUUUAAACUUUGAGGCCUUUGUGGAAUCUGAUGCUGAUGAAGAACUUUUAUUUAAUAUACCUUUUGUGGGAAAUAUUAAACUUAAAGCUAUAAAAAUAAUCGGAGAAGACUCUGAAACUCAUCCCUCUAGAAUGAGAUUGUUCAAAAAUAGACCAAAAAUGACAUUUGAUGAUACUAGUGCCAAUGCAGAUCAAGAAUUUGAAUUAGUUAGAGAUACUACAGGAGCUGCUGAAUAUGUAACUAAGAUUGUCACUUUCAAUAAUGUCAACCAUCUAACGUUACAUUUUCCAUCCAACUUUGGAGGAGAAACUACUAAAAUAUAUUACAUAGGACUGAAAGGAGAAUUCUUCGAAGCUCACCAUCAUGGGGUAACUAUAUGUACCUACGAAGCUAGACCAAUGCCACAGGACCACAAGAAUCCCCUUAAUGAAAUCAAUCAAUCUCAAUUAGGCAAAUAA